AUGUAUGUAUGUAUCUAUCCAUUCAUGUUCCUUUCCUAUCUAUCUAUCUAUCUAUCUAUCUAUCUCAUCCUAUUCCAUCUAUCUAUCUAUCUAUCUAUCUAUCUAUCUAUCUAUCUAUCUAUCUAUCUAUCUAUCUAUCACAGUGGGUUCAUUAUCUAUCUAUCUAUCUAUCUAUCUAUCUAUCUAUCUAUCUAUACAAGUCUCUUCACAUGUAUGUAUAUAUGUAUCUAUCUAUCUAUUUAUCUAUCUAAGUAUCUUCAUAUGUCUGUCUGUCCCAUGUAUCUAUCCAUGUCCCUUCCUAUCUAUCUAUCUAUCUAUCUAUCUAUCUAUCUAUCUAUCUAUCUUCUAUCUAUCUAUCUAUCUAAGUCUCGUCAUAUGUCUGUCUGUGUCUGUCUGUAUCCAUGUAUUCAUGUUUCCUUCCUAUCUAUCCUAUCUAUCUAUCUAUCUCUCUAUCCUAUCUAUCUAUCUAUCUAUCUAUCUAUCUAUCACAGUGGGUUCAUUAUCUAUCUAUCUAUCUAUCUAUCUAUCUAUCUAUCUAUCUAUCUAUCUAUCUAUACAAGUCUCUUCCUGUGUAUAUAUGUAUCUAUCUAUCUAUUUAUCUAUCUAAGUCUCUUCAUAUGUCUGUCUGUAUCCAUGUAUCUAUCCAUGUCCCUUCCUAUCUAUCUAUCUAUCUAUCUAUCUAUCUAUCUAUCUAUCUAUCUAAGUCUCGUCAUAUGUCUGUCUGUGUAUGUAUGUAUGUAUCCAUGUAUUCAUGUUCUUCCCAUCUAUCUAUCUAUCUAUCAUCUAUCUAUCUAUCUAUCUAUCUAUCUAUCUAUCCAAGUCUCGUCAUAUGUCUGUCUGUGUAUGUAUGUAUGUAUCUAUGUAUUCAUGUUCCUUUCCCAUCCUAUCUAUCUAUCUAUCUAUCUAUCUAUCUAUCUAUCUAUCUAUCUAAGUCUCGUCAUAUGUCUGUCUGUGUAUGUAUGUAUGUAUCUAUGUAUUCAUGUUCCUUCCUAUCUAUCUAUCUAUCUAUCUAUCUAUCUAUCUAAGUCUCGUCAUAUGUCUGUCUGUGUAUGUAUGUAUGUAUCUAUGUAUUCAUGUUCCUUCCUAUCUAUCUAUCUAUCUAUCUAUCUAUCUAUCUAUCUAUCUAUCUAUCUAUCUCGUCAUAUGUCUGUCCUGUAUCUAUCUAUCUAUGUAUCUAUCCCCAUCUAUCUAUCUAUCUAUCUAAGUCCUCAUAUGUCUAUCUGUGUAUGUAUGUAUGUAUCUAUGUAUUCAUGUUCCUUCCUAUCUAUCUAUCUAUCUAUCUAUCUAUCUAUCUAUCUAUCUAUCUAUCUAUCUAAGUCUCGUCAUAUGUCUGUCUGUGUAUGUAUGUAUGUAUCUAUGUAUUCAUGUUCCUUCCUAUCUAUCUAUCUAUCUAUCUAUCUAUCUAUCUAUCUAAGUCUCGUCAUAUGUCUGUCUGUGUAUGUAUGUAUGUAUCUAUGUAUUCAUGUUCCUUCCCAUCUAUCUAUCUAUCUAUCUAUCCUAUCUAUCUAUCUAUCCUAUAUCUCAUAUGUCUGUCUGUGUCUGUCCUAUGUAUUCAUGUUUCCUAUCCAUCUAUCUAUCUCUGUCUAUCUAUCUAUCCUAUCUAUCUAUCUAAGUCUCGUCAUGUCUGUCUGUGUGUAUGUAUGUAUCUAUGUAUUCAUGUUUUAUUCCCAUCCUAUCCAUAUCUAUCUAUCUAUCUAA